UGGGCGUAAGGGAGGAGAGUAAACGUGAGGGGAUGCAAAUGGCAUGCAGCCGUAGUCCAAGCUCUCUUACCACCAGUAUUUGUAAUUUCAGCAGGACUGUGUCUCAGUCAUUCAUUCUUUUUUUACUGGAAUAGCAACCGUUUGGGGAGAAAUUGUGUUUAUUAAAAAGGUAAAAACAUGAGUGUCGAGGCGUACGGGCCGAGCUCGCAGACUCUUACGUUCCUGGACACCCUGAGCUCCGAAUACGACUUCACCCUGCCGAGCCAGACCCAAGGCCAAACCCAGAGUCAGCUGGAAAACCAGGUUAAUGGCCCUGAUGGCCUGCUACAGAAUGGAGAAGACCCAGUGUUAAAAGCCGGUCAGCUGCUGGCAGAGUUGAACUUUGAGGAGGAUGAGGAGGAUGCGUACUACACCAAAGAUCUUCCAAUACAUGCCUGCAGUUACUGUGGUAUUCAUGAUCCAGCCUGUGUGGUCUACUGCAACACCAGCAAGAAGUGGUUCUGUAACGGCCGGGGAAACACAUCCGGCAGCCACAUUGUAAACCACCUGGUGAGAGCAAAGUCCAAGGAGGUGACCCUGCAUAAAGAUGGCCCUCUGGGGGAAACUGUGCUGGAGUGCUACAACUGUGGCUGUCGCAAUGUCUUCCUGUUGGGCUUCAUCCCUGCCAAGGCCGACUCUGUGGUGGUGCUACUGUGCAGGCAGCCAUGUGCCAGCCAGAGCAGCCUGAAGGACAUCAACUGGGACAGCUCUCAGUGGCAGCCUCUCAUCCAGGACCGCUGCUUCCUGUCCUGGCUGGUGAAGAUCCCCUCGGAGCAGGAGCAGCUCAGGGCCCGUCAGAGCUCUGGAAGGUGUGUGUGUGGGCAGGAAAAUCCCACUGCGACCUUGGAGGACCUGGAGAAGCCUGGUGUGGACGAGGAGCCCCAACAUGUGCUGCUCCGAUAUGAGGACGCCUACCAGUACCAGAACAUCUUUGGUCCUCUUGUGAAGCUGGAGGCCGACUAUGAUAAGAAACUCAAGGAGUCUCAGACUCAAGACAGCAUAACAGUAAGAUGGGACUUGGGCUUGAAUAAAAAGAGGAUUGCUUAUUUCACUAUUCCCAAGACGGACUCGGAUAUGCGACUGAUGCAGGGAGAUGAAAUCUGCCUGAGGUACAAAGGGGAUCUGGCCCCUCCGUGGAAAGGCAUCGGACAUGUCAUUAAAGUCCCUGAUAACUAUGGUGAUGAGAUUGCCAUAGAGCUCAGGAGCAGUGCCGGCGCUCCAGUGGAGAUCCCUCACAACUUUCAGGUCGACUUUGUGUGGAAGUCCACUUCCUUCGACAGGAUGCAGAGUGCCCUGAAGAUGUUUGCUGUGGACGAGACUUCAGUGUCUGGUUACAUCUACCACAAGCUGCUGGGACACGAGGUAGAGGACGUGGUGAUCAAGUGCCAGCUGCCCAAACGCUUCACUGCUCAAGGCCUGCCCGACCUCAACCACUCACAGGUGUACGCAGUGAAGACGGUGCUGCAGCGUCCUCUCAGUCUGAUCCAGGGUCCUCCUGGCACAGGGAAGACGGUCACCUCUGCCACCGUCGUCUACCACCUGGCCAGACAGGGCAACGGGCCAGUGUUGGUGUGUGCUCCCAGCAACAUUGCGGUCGACCAGCUGACGGAGAAGAUCCACCAGACGGGCCUGAAGGUGGUGAGGCUGUGUGCCAAGAGCAGGGAGGCCAUUGACUCGCCUGUGUCCUUCCUGGCUCUGCACAACCAGACCCGCAACAUGGACAGCAUGCCAGAACUUCAGAAGCUGCAGCAGCUGAAGGACGAGACUGGAGAGCUGUCGUCCUCAGACGAGAAGCGCUACAGAGCUCUGAGACGCGCCGCCGAGAGGGAACUGCUUAUGAAUGCCGAUGUGAUCUGCUGCACCUGUGUUGGGGCGGGGGAUCCUCGUCUGGCCAAAAUGCAGUUCCGCUCGAUCCUGAUCGAUGAGAGCACCCAGGCCACCGAACCAGAGUGCAUGGUGCCCGUCGUCCUGGGCGCCAAACAGUUGAUUCUGGUGGGUGAUCACUGCCAGCUGGGCCCGGUGGCGAUGUGUAAGAAGGCGGCUAAAGCCGGUCUGUCCCAGUCUCUGUUUGAGCGUCUGGUGGUUUUGGGGAUCCGGCCAAUCCGCCUGCAGGUCCAGUACCGCAUGCACCCGGCCCUCAGCGCCUUUCCAUCCAACAUCUUCUACGAGGGCUCUCUGCAGAACGGAGUCACGGCGGCGGACCGAGUGAAGAAAGGCUUUGACUUCCAGUGGCCGCAGCCCGACAAGCCCAUGUUCUUCUAUGUGACCCAAGGCCAGGAGGAAAUAGCCAGCUCUGGAACAUCCUAUCUCAACAGGACUGAGGCAGCGAAUGUGGAGAAAAUAACCACCAGGUUGCUGAAGGCUGGAGCCAAACCCAAUCAGAUCGGCAUCAUUACGCCCUACGAGGGUCAGAGGUCCUACCUGGUUCAGUACAUGCAGUUCAGCGGCUCCCUCCAUACCAAACUCUACCAGGUAAAGCUGCAAAUAAGUUUUCAGUUUAAAUGUUGUGACUUCAUCCUCUCCUGUGUGAGGGCCAAUGAGCACCAGGGCAUCGGCUUCCUCAAUGACCGACGUCUCAACAUGGCACUCACUAGGGCCAGGUAUGGUGUGAUUAUUGUGGGAAACCCAAAGGCCCUGUCGAAGCAGCCUCUGUGGAACCACCUUUUGAAUUACUACAAGGAGCAGAAGGUCCUGGUUGAGGGGCCCCUGAACAACUUGAGGGAGAGCCUCAUGCAAUUCAGCAAGCCCCGCAAGCUUGUCAACACCAUCAACCCUGGUGGACGAUUCAUGAGCACAGCCAUGUAUGAUGCCAGGGAGGCUCUCAUUCCUGGAUCUGCUUAUGACCGCAGCAACGGACGUUCAUCCAAUAUGUAUUUCCAGACCCACGACCAAAUUGGUAUGAUCGGCACCGGCCCCAAUCCCAUGAAUUCCCUGAACAUCCCCAUCCCCUUCAACCUUGUGAUGCCCCCCAUACCUCCACCUGGGUACAUGGGACAGGUCAAUGGACCCUCAGCAGGUCGAGGUGGAGGAAUGAAAGGCAAGGCAGGCGGUGGAGGAGGAGGCGGGAAUCGAGGUGGCCGUCAAAGAAACCGCGGCAACAUGGGGAACCACAGCGGAGGGAAUGGAGGAGCAGACCGGCAUGGAGGCCACAUGAGCGGCAGCCAGGCCAGCCAGGACCUGGGCUCCCAGUCGUUCUCCCAGGGCCCACUGACGCAGGGCUACAUCAACAUGAGCCAGCCCUCUCAGAUGAGCCAGCCCGGGCUCUCACAGCCUGAACUCUCUCAGGACAGUUACCUAGGAGACGAGUUCAAAUCCCAGAUUGAUGUGGCGUUGUCCCAGGACUCCACCUACCAGGGGGAGCGGGCCUACCAACACGGUGUGACUGGACUGUCCCAGUACUAGACUGUUGCUGGUAAAGAGCUAGGCCUAUGUGAAGCUUAGUUCAAUGGUAUUUUAAUCUGGGUAAUAACAAAAAAGAACAAACAUGGAUACCCGUUUUCCACUGCUACAACCGAAGCACCACUGUGUGAAAGUGACAGGAGAGAAACCGUGAGAAACCAACGAAUCACAAGUGUGAGAGCAAACAUGGGAGUAGAGCUGGACAGGAAGCGAGCAAGAGACGAGGAGAGAAGGCACUGCUGCUCACACGCAAGGACAUGGCGAAGGAGAGAGCUGUCGUUGUCGGAGCAGCACAGUCGGAGAAGCAAGACCUUCGACAGGUCAAGGAGGGUGGAGGUCCCAACAAUUCUGGAGUCGGGAAUGGGGGGGCGACUGUGUCAUCUUGUCCCUCGCGAGUCCCUGAACCCUCUGAGAUCUUCAGGCAGUAGAGGUUGGGAAUCUUGCUCCAAAAGUUGAGAAAGAUGGAGGAAAAGUGUCUCUCACAAAUGUCCUCCAAGCUAACUCAACAGGACAUCUUCUGUAGCUUGGAGAGAGAGAAGACAAAAGGAGACACAGCUCUUGAAGCAGUUGUUAUGGCAACUUUUUUAAACUCAAAGCUUGAAUUGAGGCUCUAAAUAUUUAACAUCGAAGCAUCCAGGAGAGAUGAGUGUGAAAACACUGUCUGGCUUCUCAAGUGAACUCAAAAGUGCUUGUCGUGCCUCAAAGAGUUCCAAUGAAAUUUGAGGAUAAUUUGCUUUUCUUUCUCAGCUUUGAGUUGGAAAGUGUUCUAAAAUAAAAGCUGUUUUCAUUGAGGUAUUCAGUGAUGUAAGCUAGUGUAGUAGCCGUCUUUCAAGGCAGGGCUUUCUCGAGGCAGUCUGCAAGGAUCAAGUGGGGGUUUUAGCUCUUACAGAUAUAAACAUAAAAGACACCUUUGUCUCCAGAUCUGAGGCUCUAAACAUCUGAAUAAAGAGAGACAUUUUAGUUUUUGCUCUUCUAAAUGUAUCUUUAAACUAGUGUUAAAGAGUGGGUGAACACUCUAACUUAUGACUGAAUUAAGCUGUCAUUCUUUCCUGCUGACCCUAAAGCCACUAAAGCUUGCAGACAGGGAUCAUCUUGAGCAUCUAUAGCAAAAGGCAUCAAAAAAGCCAAAUCAAGAGGGCAGCAAAGACCCUGCUCCAAAACAAAAAGAAACUGCAUACAUUGAGAUUAUCUCUGAAAAUAAAUCAUCUUGAGUAGACAUAACUACUAACAUACUAUACAUAACUACUCUGUACCAAUGAUGAGUAAAACCUCUAGGUUCCGAUCCGAUCUUAAAACAAAUGUGUUGAAAAGAAACGUGAUCAUAGUUUUCACCAUGUCAGAAUGGUAAGGGAUAUUAAGCAUUUUGAAAUGCCCAUAGCAAAGUUAUAUGUUGAACGUGCACUGUAACCCUAAAAUGUGGCAUAAAGAGCUCUUUAAAUGAUUACGAUGCAAGGACAAAAACUUAACAUUGUCGUCUUCCCCUAUUUGUUUCCGUCCUUUGGUUUCCUUAAGUGUUGAACUAAUAGAAAUAUGUCAAACUGUCACAUAUAGUUAUGCAUCAUGCCAGAGUUGUAUAACUUCAAAAGACAUUAGUGAACUUUGAUUCAGAGCUCUACGUGUGCCGUUUGGUCUUAUUUUACAUGUUUUAGAUGGACAAUGUUUCCAUGAAGCUUGUUAUAAUCACUUUGUAAUUGUUUUUAGUUGUACUUAGUUUAGUUUCAUGUCGUCAGUACAGUAUUAUAUAUUGAUAAUAUAUAACACUUUGGCCAACUUUUAUUGUAAUAAUAUGUAUUUAUUCCCCCUUUCUGUAUAUUCUCUGUAGAUUAGUUUACUCUUAAUUUAUCUCACAACCUAUAUGGAUAAGAUCACCAUUCCCAUCUAGAUGCUCCCUAUUAAGAUUAUCAUGCAUUUCAUUUAAUGAAUAAAAGUAGUUUAUUCAUUUUUCCAUCUUAUAUUUUCAAAUGAAGGAAUUUGUUUGGCCUAUUGCUGUUAACAACUGAACUGAAAAUUACGUUUUGUGUUUGGAACAUUUUGUAUUUCUGCCCACAAGAUUCUCCUGUUGAUAUUCUUGGAAGAUUACAAUUCCCUUCUUUGCUGCUUCAA